AUGGAUGCUCAUUUCAUAGUUAGGAUUGAGUACUUUAAGUUAAAAAAAGCUUUAACAAUUUUGAUGUCUCUAUUGGAUAUAGGUGAGAUCGUUGCAUCAGAGGUAAUUGUUAGACGAGUACCUAGAUUUGCAAUCAACUAUGCAGAUUUACAAACUCUCCGAAUAGAGGAGAAACUCAUCAUCUUGAAAGGACCUUUCAAUGGUGAUUUCAAAGGGAGGAAAGAUGCAAUAUUACUGCCUCACUUCAUAUUUCAUCCGCAUGGACCAAAAGAGAAAUACUCUCUACCAGCAGGCUAUGCAAUCUCUGUUGUCGAUAAAGAGAACGAUCAUCUGACAUACGAAGCAACUUUCAUAACGUUUCUGCGGAAUGGUACAAAGAUUGUCGAUGUUGGUGAUAUUCCAAAGAAUUUAACAAAGUUAUACACUGAUGGUUGGUAUGAGUGUAUUAGUAGACAUGGUCGACACUACAUUGUUGCAGAUCCUAAAUUAGUGGUAUCAGGUAGUAAUAUCUCAUUUCAAGAUAGGCUAUCUCUGGUUUAUAUGUCAUUCUACUAUGACCUUAAUCAUAAAUCAAAAUAUCUCAAUCCAGCACCAAGAGUUUGUUAUCGAGGUUUGCAAAUUCAUCAUAAUUUAAACUAA